GACAUUUACAUCACAACAAGAUGUCGAUUAGUAGUUUAUUGCCUGCACCAAGCCAAGUUGUUUGGGAUAGAGAUGAUGAAGCCCGAGAACAAAAAUUGAAACAAAGGCCUGUAUCAGCGUUAGUCAAAGCAGUCGUGACUGCUCCGCCUUAUGGACAGCGAAAAGGAUGGGUACCACGAAGUUCGGAAGAUUUCGGGGAUGGAGGCGCGUUCCCCGAAAUCCAUGUGGCUCAAUACCCACUACAAAUGGGAUGGAAAGGAAAAGAAACCAGCAACGCGUUAGCUGUUCAAUUAGAUGCUCAAGGAAAAAUCAAAUAUGAUCUUAUUGCACGUCAGGGACACUCCAAAGAUAAAAUUGUCUAUAGUAAAUUAAGUGAUCUCUUGCCGUCAGAGAUAUCAUCUGAGAAUGACCCCAGUUUGAUGCGCCCUAGUGAAGAAGAAAUAGACGAAAUUACAGAAAGAACUAAAAAAGCGCUAGAAAAAAUCACAGAAUCUAAAAUAGCAGCAGCUAUGCCUGUGAGGUGUGCUGAAAAACAAGCACCAGCUCAGUACAUUCGAUAUACUCCGUCUCAACAAGGUCAGUCAUUUAAUUCUGGAGCUAAACAAAGAGUCAUCAGAAUGGUGGAAGCACAGGUAGACCCUAUUGAACCUCCCAAAUUCAAAAUUAAUAAAAAAAUUCCUCGUGGACCGCCGUCACCGCCUGCUCCGGUUAUGCAUUCACCAACUCGUAAAGUCACUGUGAAAGAACAAAAGGAAUGGAAAAUACCUCCUUGCAUUAGUAACUGGAAAAAUUCUAAAGGUUAUACUAUUCCUUUGGAUAAACGACUUGCAGCUGAUGGCCGUGGUCUGCAACAAGUACAUAUUAAUGAAAAUUUCGCUAAAUUAGCAGAGGCUUUGUAUAUUGCUGACAGAAAGGCUAGAGAAGCUGUUGAAAUGAGAGCGCAAUUGGAAAAGAAAUUAGCUCAAAAAGAAAAAGAGAAAAAAGAAGAUCAUUUACGUCAACUUGCUCAGAAGGCUCGCGAAGAACGAGCAGGACUCAAAUCUGCUGCAGUUUUGGAUAAGACUGAAGAAUCCCGAGAAAGAGAUCAGCUGAGACAGGAACGACACAAAGAUCGUGCUCGGGAUCGAAAUUUAGCACGAGCUGCUCCGGAUAAGAGAUCAAGAUUACAGAGAGAACGAGAGCGUGAUAUUAGUGAACAAAUUGCUCUCGGAUUACCAGCGAAAAAUAUUUCCAACAGUGGAGAUGCUCAAUUUGAUCAGAGACUGUUUAACACAACUAAAGGAAUGGAUAGCGGCUAUGGUCAUGAUGACGAAUAUAAUGUCUACGACAAACCAUGGCGCGAUUCCAAUUCCAUUGGAUCCCAUAUUUAUCGGCCAAAUAAAAAUAUUGAUAAAGAUACAUAUGGAGAUGAUUUAGAUAAGCUUGUUAAAACCAAUAGAUUUGUUCCUGAUAAAGAGUUUAGCGGUACUGAUAGAUCUACAACAAGAUCAGGUCCUGUCCAAUUUGAAAAAGAAGAAGAGGAUCCAUUUGGUCUGGAUCAGUUCUUGAAGCAAGCUAAACGUGCAAGUGGAUCCACAUCUACAGCAGCUACAACGUCUUCAUCAUCCACUUCAAAGCGUAAAGAUGAUCGAGACCAACGUCGUGAUGAUCGAGAUAAACGCAGAAAACAUUAAUCACAAAAGUAUACCAUUUGGUAUUCUGCAAUGAACGGAUUCUGAGAGUACAUCAUUUUUGUCAUUUAAUUGUAAUUAAUAUUAAUAAUUAAUUCAUAUUACUACAGUAGAAUUUCGGUUGAACUAUACUUAUUAUAUUUCGUAAAAUUUUUUGUUAUAUUGUCCAUAGACUUCAAUUCUUUUAUGAUCAAUGAACCUCAUCGAUUUUUCUAUUAAUAUAAUUGAUCACCGAAAAUAUGUAUAUUGUCAAGAGAUAAUAUUCGUAAGUGUAAAAUAUAUACCUUUUUUUAAU